UUUUGCCGACUGAUGAUAUCUUGAUUUAUGCAACAUGCAUCCACAUGUUUCAUAAAUCACAAAUAUAAUAAAGUUUUCCGUAUCACUGAUUAUUUUUUGCCAUUUUUUUUCCGUCUGACCACUUCUUCAGCUUCGCCACAAGGGCAGCGAUGGAAAAUGUUGUGCACUUCCUUUUUCAGUGGGUCUAGAACUAGAUCUUCCUUUUGUGAGAACAAACACUUUGUCUUGCCUCUGAGGUUUUCACUGUUGGCACUGUAGAAGACUGCAAAAGGGGCAUGAGCCUGCUCAGUACGGCUCAGUUCGGUUUCACUCAGGCUCUCAGGAUACAUGGAAACCUCGUCUGGCUCUGCUUCUGCUAAAGGAACGAGCUGCAGCGUCUUUGUGGUUCGUCGUAGGUAGUUUAACCAGUAUGUGGAGAUGCACAUUGUGGUUUGUUUUACUUCUGCGGCUGACACUCUGCUCCUACGACAAAGAUAAUCUGGAGCCGGUGGUGAAAACAAUUGGGAAAGAAUCAGAUUUGACUCCAGUUUGCAGCAACUCCACACUGGAUACAAUCUUACUUGUUGUCUGUCGGAUCAGAGCAGUGAGGAGCAGAGAAGAAGAGUGUCGUGUUUCUUACCACCUGGAGAGAAGCUUUGAGCAGGAAUGUGACUCCAGGUUUUCACUUAUGUUAACAAAUCAGACAAUGUUUCUCCAUCUGAACAAUUUAACACCAGAAAAUAGUGGAAGCUACAGCUGUGAGUGCACACGCCGUGAUGGAACGUUUACGCUACAGCUCAACGUCACUGUGGAGGAUGACAUAGACACCAUCCCUCCUCCAGAAACAACUUUCCCUCCAAUUUUUAUUAUUUUAUUUGGAGUUUGUGGAUUGAUCAUCAUCAUUCUAUUGGGAAUCAUUUCUGGAUGUGUCUGCAGGAACAAAUGCCACAGAGGAAGACGCGAAGUGACCAUAACACCUCAUCCAGACACGGAAGUGCCGGACAUUGAGCCGUACAGCGUCUUCAGAGAGAAUGAACUUUAUUUAACGUCCGUAAUUCACACCAGCCUGUCUACAAAUAAUCUGAUUGUGAUUGGGAUGGAUAAUCCGAGCUCAGGGAGACCUUUAUAGACAUUUCAUGUUUUAAUUCAUGUUUUUCUAUGGAGCACUGUAACUGUCGACGUUUCUGUGUAUUUUGUUUAAAACUUAUUUUCUAAAUAUCGUAAAGUGUUUCUCCAUGUCAAAGUAAAACAAAGACCAGAAUAAUGUCACAUUUAAAAGAAGAACCACGUUCUCUUUCUCCCCCGCAGUCUCCUCGGCUCGACCUGCUAUAACGUAACGGGUGAGGGGUGAGUUUGGGUAUUAGGGUCGUUUGAACGUCGACCACUCACUCAGGCAGCAGCAGGUCGAAGCGAAGCGUUAAGGCUGACCGACAAAUUCUCAACAUGUUCCUUCUUCCUGUCUGAACUUCCUGUUUUCAGCCGCACAGGCCGCGCGGCCUGCUGGUGUGAAACUGGAGGUGAAACCCUUCCACACGUCAACUGCAGCGUGCAGAUCUGUACACAAAGAUUACUCUGCAAACACCACAUUGACUUCUGAUCCCUCUUCUAACUAACUUCACUCCCCUGUUAUUUAUUUGUCUUGGUUGCAAUAAAGAAACUGAAAAGAUGUAAAUAUGUAGGGAAAAAUAGAAUUAUAUUAACAUUAGGGUUUUUUUUUCAUUGCAUUACUUUUUUUUACUUUUGUUUUAAAUCUCACUCAAAAAUGGGUUUAGAAGAUUCUUCCAAUAAGGAUCUGCUUUAAAUGCUCACUACAGUCUGUUCUAUCACCUGUACGCCAAUGAUAAUUUAUUUUUGUUGCAUUUACAAGAGACGAGGAUUUGAUUCCUAGAUACUGUUAUAAAAAAAAAAGUAGUUAAAGUCAAGAAUAAAGUCUUCUGUGAAACUAAAGUCUUAUCUUUUAGAAUCUGGGAGAAAGAAGAUUAUUUGAGUAAAUGAUUAAUGGGUUCUGUCAUGUUUCUGGAGAGCAUGUGCUCUUAAAAGGAGCACUAGUUCAGUUUGUUUAAAGUCGACCAUCUUGUAGCUUUUACAGUAAACAGACCACAGUUUGGACUGAAAUGUGUAAAUAUAUUUCUAUUAAAGGCUGUCUUGAUGUGGACUUCAUGCUGUAAUGCAACAAUUAGCUUGAGAAGAUAUGAAGAGUAGUAACUACAUGUUUGGUCUCAAAAUGAAACUUGAGUUUCAACCAAGAAAAUCUGAUCUUGGGAGGGUCAUUUUCAGGCCACAACAGAAAGAUACUAAACCUCAACCAGCAAUAUUUUGUGUAUUGUAUACUAUUUUUUUUUUGUCACGUCUGGACAAGAUUUAAAAAUAUUUGCGCAGAUAUCCAGAUUUUUUUUGGGUCAAAUUUUGCAGUUUUGUGUAUAACCGACAGUGUCAUCUGCAUACAUGUUGACAUCGUCUAGGAAUAACUAGGAAAUCAACAAAACGUGUAAAGACACCUGGUCUUUGUGGGACCUCUAGGGGCCAAGAGAGGGUAUAAAAGACAGUUUUGUGAAUUGGUUGGAAAUGCUGUUUGAUUUUUAUCAAUUACACUUGUAAAAUUAAUGGUAGGACAAGUUUAAAUUUAUUUGAAUUAUGUUGUUUGGAAAUACCUGAAACUGUCAAUAAUUUCAGUUGAUAUUUUUAUGUUGGUAAUUAUUGUGAAGUGAAAAGAAACUUAAAGUAUCUCGUGUUUAUAUGCUCCAACUCUUUUCUUUUGACAUUUUAGCUGAUGAUCAACUCAAAAAUGCUUUAUUCAUCCCAAAAGGAGAAAUUAAAUUGACGUUUAGUAGAAAGUAAUUGUGUGAAAACAUCAAAUCUGGUGGAACUCAAAGACAAAGCAGCCAUAGUCCUGUAGUUGCACUUCCGUUUCUGUUUCUUUGACAAACAGAGAAUCGGUGGUUUAUGUUGUGACCACCAACAUACACUGUCAACCCAGAGUC